CUCAAGAGGCUAUUAGAUACGACGAGCGAGUUCACCGACGUAAGCCCGUCGACUUUACUUUGCCAUUUAUUUAACUUUAUUUAGUUUAAUUUCAUUCGUCAUUAUUUGCAGAGAUGGAAGACGCAAAAAGGAGAGCUUUAAUUAAAUCUCAAGCCGUCAAGAAGAAGGAGUCCGGCAAGGCGGUACCAAAAGGGUCGGCUUCAGCCUCGAAGAGGAAGCCGACAUCGAAAUCUGACCGUCCGUUUAAACAACCCAAGAUCUCCCUUGAGCCAGUUGUUGGCUUGAUGGCUGAGGGUGCCAAGACCGUCACCCCAGCCAAACACGGGACGGGGAAAGGCUUUAUGACGGCCCCAGAUUCCAAACAAGAGAGACCUCCUCCCCUCCUCCGUGACGACUCCAAGUUUGCAUUGGAGAAGCUGUCGUUGAUUAUCACGGCGGAAGAUUAUGAGGACCUAGGGAACCACUCGACGGAGGCCAUGGGAGAGACGGGUCUCUUUGCUGUUGCCCAAUCCUUGGUCAUGAUGAAGGGAUUACUGGAUCGGUGUCUCAACCGUGAGAGUACUUUAGACCGGGUGCGUGCAAAGGCGGAACAGACGGAGGAAGAACUUGGUCAACUCCAUAAAUGGAGGUCCAAUAUGGAGAAGAAGCUGGAGCUUUCUGAGAAGGUAAGGAAAGAGCUGGAGCAGAAGUCGGACGAGGCGUUGACGGUUAUAGAGAAGAAGGAGAAGGAGAUUAAAGAAUUGAAGGAAGAGAUCCGUCAUGCUAAAGAGGUAGCCGUCAAGGAGUAUCGCGACUCAGACUCCUUGUUGAGCGAGCUGGCAGACUCUUUCCUGCAAGGCUUUGACGACUCACUCCGACAGGUCAAGAAGGUCUACCCCGAGCUGGAUGUGUCAAUGAUCAAAGUUGACGACCAAGGCCAGACUUUUGCUCUUCCCGUCGUUUCCGAAAAUACGGAGGACCUCUUUGGAGACGAUACAGCUCAGGGCGACGGGGAGUCAACCUUGCCGAAGGAUGUUCCGAAUGCGGACCCUAAGAAAGUUGAUUGA